UUAUAUAUAUAUAUAUAUGCCCAAGCUGUAUCGUAGGUUCGUAAUAAUACGUCAUAUGUCCCGUAUUCUUCAUCUUUUCUUUUCUUUCCAAUACUUCAAUAUAUAUCUAUUUCAUUUUGACCGCAGAAAGAGUAACAUAAUACAGCUAUAUAUAUAAAGAAUAGACCUUGUACUUUGUACAUAAUUUAUCCAAUUUAAGCACGACUACGCCUAGUAGCUAGUAGCAAGCUCACAAAGCGUCCGCCAAGAAGUUCUCUCUCCGAGAGAAAGCGUCAAGCGUCGUCGCUCGUCUCUCGUCUCUCUUCGAGAUUGCGAGGAUAAAAAGCGCGAACCGGUGCAUCAAAUUGUUGGCCGUGUAUAUAUUAUAUAUAUAUAUAUACGUGUGUGUGCGUGGCGCGCAAAAAACGAGCGCGAGACGCUACUGAAAUUACAUUGAAAUUAUGAAAGCUCAUUCAUGCAGAGAUAACGAUUCGAUAGAGUAUUAAAUCGACCGUUGCAAUCGCGGACAAUGGGCAGUGUCGGCGCGUCUACGAUCAUCACGCACACCUGAGAAUUCAUCGCCCACCGCAGGUUGGAAUAAUGUUGAGCAGUAUAACAAAACACAUUUUACAUUGCUGUCUGCUGCUCAUAGUUAUAUUGAUAUUUGAAUAUGUGUCUGGUGGACUUCGAUGGAAUGCAGACCAAAAAGAAGAGAUUGACCCAUGGACACGAUAUGGCAUUAUCGGUGCAAUUACUUUGUACCUGUUACGUACAGUGACUUUUCUUUCUUUGCCUCAAGUAUUAUUCAAUUUUAUAGGAUUAACGAUAUACAAUGCAUUCCCUGAUAAAGUAAUCUUGAAAGGUUCACCUCUACUUGCACCGUUUGUUUGUAUAAGAAUAGUGACUCGCGGGGAUUAUCCACAAUUAGUGAAAACAAAUGUGAAGAGAAACUUAAAUAGAUGUAUAGAAGCUGGUCUCGAGAAUUUUCAAAUAGAAGUAGUGAGCGAUAAACCAGUAGGUUUAACACCGCAUCGUAGGGUACGAGAAGUUGUUGUUCCUCCAAAUUAUCGCACAAGUAGUGGUGCCUUAUUCAAGGCUCGUGCUUUGCAAUACUGCCUUGAGAAUUCGGUAAAUGAAUUAGCUGAUCAUGACUGGAUUGUCCAUCUUGAUGAAGAAACUUUGAUGACUGAAAAUUCCGUUCGUGGCGUAUUGAAUUUUGUAUUGGAUGGCAAACAUCAGUUUGGCCAAGGAUUAAUCACAUAUGCUAAUGAGGAUGUUGUUAACUGGAUCACGACAUUAGCUGAUAGUUUCAGAGUAGCAGAUGAUAUGGGAAAAUUAAGAUUACAAUUUACUCUGUUCCACAAGCCAUUUUUUAGUAUGAAAGGAUCUUAUGUUGUCACACAGAUGGGAGCAGAAAAGCAGGUUUCGUUUAAUAACGGAUUAGAUGGAUCCGUCGCUGAAGAUUGUUUCUUUGCGAUGAAAGCAUUUUCCCAGGGAUAUACGUUCAAUUUUAUAGAAGGCGAAAUGUGGGAGAAAUCGCCAUUCACUCUAUGGGAUUUUGUACAGCAAAGAAAAAGAUGGCUGCAAGGUAUAUUACUUGUCGUGCAUUCCAAAGCAAUUCCAUUCAGAAAAAAAUUAUUGCUGGGUAUUUCAUGUUACUCAUGGGUGACGAUGCCGCUUUCCACUUCAAAUAUUGUCUUAGCCGGAUUGUGUCCGAUUAACUGUCCGCCAUUGAUCGAUUUUCUAUGCGCUUUUAUCGGCGCGGUAAAUAUUUACAUGUAUGUGUUCGGAGUAGUUAAAUCGUUUUCCUUGUAUCGUUUCGGUGUGGCCCGAUUUAUGCUUUGUAUAUGCGGCGCAUUGUCCACCAUUCCGUUCAAUAUAAUCAUUGAGAACGUCGCUGUCAUAUGGGGUUUAUUCGGUAAGAAACACAAGUUCUAUGUCGUUAACAAAGAAUACAGACCGCCAGUGACUGUAUGAUGUGUCAUCAAUUUACAGCUCUUAUCUAACUGGUGCAUAUUUAGCAACAGUAUAAAGUUUCCAUUGUGCAUGCGCAUAAUUAGUACCUGUAAAUUUACAUAGGAAAAUACAUCAUUGUCACAAAUAAAAUAUUUAUAACUAGUAUUACAUAUAUAGGAAUUACAAAAUUCCUAAGAUAAAUGGAGCAGUAAAUUUUAUGCAAAGUAUAAAAGGUAUAAAGUAAUACAUAGCAAUAGAUACAUAUAGAUCCAGUAUUAAGAACAUAUUCUGCAUUGGCAUUAAAGCAUUGCGCCAAAUCUCUAUUAAAAGUAUUUGUCACUUAUUAAAAAUAUAUUUAUGCCAAUAUCUUGUUCUCAUAGUACAAGUCAUAUAUGUCAUAUAUACUUUGAUCUCAUGUAAACGUGUUUAGCAUUCAUUAAGUUAUAAAUUAUUUUACACAUGUUCCUUUUCUCACAUUAAAUUUACACAUAUGUGUACAUAUUUUAAUGUAAUUUUCAAUAUCAUUAUUAUCAUAUCAAUAUCAUAUUAAUUUUUAAUUCUUGUCAUGUUCAGAAAUAUCUCAUUUUUGCCAUAUUACAAACAUUUUUUUUUUUUUUUUAAUGCCUCAUGAAGUGUGCAUAUUGACAAUUUCAUAUUGACAAUUUCUGAAGUAUUUAGAUUAUUUUACUUAAUAGUAAUAAGUUAUACAUCAUUAUGAUUCGGGAAACUGUGAUAAAUCUUGUUUCGCCUAUAACUUUUUUAUAUUUCAGGAAAAUAUACAGAAUUUUAUUAAACACAAAAA